GGAGCAACACAACACAACAUCACACAUUGAUCGGGAGCAACACAACAUCACACAUUGAUCCGGAGCAGCAAAGCACAACACUACAUCACACACUGAUCAGGAGCAACACAACACAACAUCACAUAACAUCACACACUGAUCUGGACCUCCUAGCCUCAAGGGUCGAGGUGUCCCUGAGCAAGACACCUAACCCUAACUGCUCCCGACGAGCUACAUGAGUGGGUGAAUGUGAGACAAUAUUAUAACGAUCUUUGAGUGGCCACUGGUUGGAAAAGCGCUGUAUAAAUGCAGUCCAUUUACCGUUACCAUUCAAACAUCUCAUGUCAUCAAAGAACAGAGAGGAGCCGACUGCACUGUGGUCCGUACCCUCCGUGGCCCCUGCAGGGGCCCCAGGGAGACCCCGUGCAUUGUGGCAGGGGCUGGUGGAUACAGCGGCGGAGGAAGACGAAGAGGAGGAGGAUGUGGAGGAAGACAUGUGACUCAGGGGCCGGUCCACGUGCUCCGUCAUGCCCCCGGUGGAACGGAGGAGGGCUGUGAGUGGUCCUGGUGGUCCGGGGCUGGAUAAAUAAAUAAAAUAAAUAGAGACAGUUCAGCUGGAGUGAAAACUAGAAUUACACUUUUUUCUAAAUCGUUUUCAAACUGCUCUGGCAACGUACGUUUUUAUUUUACCGUGCCGGUCCUUCCAGGCCCUUGGAUCCCAGCAGGUCUCAAAGGUGUCCGGCCCCCUGAUGUUGGCCCAGUCUUCAGUCACUCCCGCUGGCUCUUCCUCUACUGAUUGGUGGCUUGGUGGACCAGUUCAGUACUCAGGAGACAACAACAGAAUAUUUUGAAUUAUGAUUAAUAAAGUAUGCGUAUCAUCGAAUGGUUACGCUGAUAACCGCUCAUGGAAAAUAUAUAAAGGCCACGGAGGGUACAGGAAGUCCUGAUGGCGGUCCACAGCCCCAACAAAUCAUAAAAAAUGGCACAUUUCAAAAUCAUCAGAGACACCUGGGGUUAUGUUGAACCAGAAUAAGGCAGAAUUUGAAUUUUUACUAAUUUCUCUCUUAUUAUUAUGACUUCAUUAUCAUUAAUAUCAUGCAUUUCAAUUUCUCCAUAGUUAUCAAGGACUUAAAUAUAACUAUUGAUAAAUCUAGGUAAACCUAUUUUUUGUUCAGUGGGAUUAACUGCCGCAUGGUUGCAAGUUUUUGUUGACUCUGACUGAACGUGAACUUAUCGGCCUGGUUCGUCUGCCCUACCCCGAUUCCAUUACUCGGCGGUUUUAUGAGGUUAAAGUCUGGCACACAGGGAGAGGCUUGUUUUUUAAAAAGACUGGAGAAUAUAACAGCCUCAGGCUAAAUCAAGUCAAAUGUCUUUGUACAGCCCUUAAACAGUGCAAAGAAGAGUGCGUGUCCGUGGGGGAGGAGACAUUUGUUGAGGAGGAGCCAGGUGUUAGGGGAGGAGGGAGAGGACGUCUCGUUCAGGAACGAAACUUAACAUUCAUAGAAACCUAAGCAAGCGACGUGGAAGAAAUCCUCUCUCGUUCAGGAGAAAAAGAAAACGCAAUUUGGAACAUAUAGUCUGACAGACAGUAACAACAAGGUGAGUAAAACAGACCAAGAGAAGUUAAAACCUCUCUUUCCCCAUAAGGAAUUAGAAAUAUGUAAUGGCUCAAUACAUAAACCUUGUCGUCUGUGUCUAGGAAUGGCCUCUGCUAACAUCUGGUCUGAAGAGAACUUUUCAUGUUCAAUCUGUCUGGAUGUGUUCAACAAUCCGAUUAGCACCGCAUGUGGACACAACUUUUGCAGAACCUGUCUAACAAAGUUCUGGGAUGAACAAGUCCAGUACAAAUGUCCUGUUUGCAACAAGCUUUUUGACACAAGACCUGAUCUACAGAUCAAUACCUUCUUAUCAGAGCUGGCAGCUCAGUUUAGAACGUCCGUACGAGUAAAACAGCAGCCUUGUGUUGAACCAGCAGAAGUUCCCUGUGACGUCUGUACUGGGACCCAGCUGAAGGCCUUGAAGUCCUGCCUAGUGUGUCUUAUCUCUUACUGUCAAACCCACCUGGAGCCGCAUCAGAGAGUCGCAGGCCUGAAGAAACAUCGACUGGUCGAGCCUAUGGACCGUCUGGAAGACAGGAUGUGUAAGAAACACGACCGACUUCUGGAGCUCUUCUGCCAGACUGAACAGGUGUGUGUGUGUCAGUUCUGCACAGAGACAGACCACAAGUCCCAUCCUGUUGUACCUUUAAAGGAGGGAUAUGAAGUGAAGAUGGCCCAGCUGGGGAAGAUAGAGGCUGAAGUUCUGCAGAUGAUCCAGGAGAGAAAACUUAAGAUUAAGAAGAUCAACGACACAGUAGAAAAGAGCAGCAAAGACGCAGACAGAGAGAUAGCCGAUGGUGGGCAGGUCUUCACUGCUCUGAUAAGCUGUGUUGAAAAGUGCCGGGAAGAUUUCAACCAAACGGUUAAAGAGAAACUGAAAUCCACAGAGAAACAAGCUGAAGACCUCAUCAAAGAGCUGGAGCAGGAAAUACAAGAUCUGACCAAUAGAAGCUCAGAGUUGAAGCCAAUCUUACACAUGGAAGACCACCUGCACUUCCUCCAAGCCUUCAGAUCCCUGAAGGAUCCUCGACCCACCAGGUACUGGGUGACCGUGGAGGUCCGUCCUCCCUCAUACUUAGGGACCUUGGGGAGAUCCCUUGAUCAGCUGGAGGAGACAAUGAACAUGGAGAUGAAGAAGCUGCGUGAUGCUGAAUUGAAGAGGGUCCAGCAGUAUGCAGUAGAUGUGACUCUGGAUCCCGAUACAGCUCAUCCCCUUCUCAUCCUGUCUGAGGAUGGGAAACAAGUACAUCAUGGAGAUAUAAGGAAGAGACUCCCAGACAACCCUAAGAGAUUUUCACUGUAUAUACAUGUUCUCACGAGGCAGAGCUUCUCUUCAGGUAGAUCUUACUUUGAGGUCCAGGUUAAAGACAAGACUAAAUGGUAUUUAGGAGUGGCCAGAGAGUCCAUCAACAGAAAAGCUCAGACCACAUCAACCCCUGAGACGGGUUUUUGGACUCUCUACUACGACAAGGAUGCGUUGGUAUUUCAAGGUAACCCUGCUGUCAGUCUCCCUCGCAGAGCUGAGCUCCAGAAGGUGGGGGUGUUUGUUGAUUAUGAUGAGGGUGUGGUCUCCUACUAUGAUGUGGAAGCCAGGCUUCAUAUCUACUCUGUUACUGGCUGCUCCUUUAGUGAGCCUCUCUAUCCAUUCCUCUGUCCACAAGUACAUGAUAGUGGUAAAAACUCUGCCCCUCUGAUCAUCUCACCUGUCAAUCAAACAGACUAGGACCUUAGUUUGAUAAUAUAAAAAGUUAAAAACCAAACAACCAAAGCAACUGAUGUUGUUUCAUAAUUGGUAAUCUCACUAUGUUAGAUCUGCAAUAAUGUCGUAUUGCGGUAAUUUAAUAAGGAAAGUUAUUUCAGAAUAUAACCUCUAAACCUAUAAAAGUAAUUGAAUGUAACCCAUGAUAAAGGGUUGGAUUACACUAUAUUAUUUGUCAGUUUUCUACUGAUUAUUCAUGUUACGAGGACUAACAUGUUUGGACUAAUUUGUACAAAAUAAUAAUUGUAGUUUUUUAACAUUUCUAUCUAUUUUACCUUAUGAAUAGUGGAUGACAAAAAAAUACAAUGUCCUUACACGUUAGUUUAAUUUUUUUUUAUUGUGGAGGCCUACCAUUAUAAUAUAUAACUUAAGAGGAAUAGAUACAUUCCAGUCUAAUAGUGUUCAGUAGAAAUAUUGUUACAAGUGUAAUACAAACCCUUAUUUUGAUAAUUUUGAGAUUGAUGGAACGUUUUAUAUCAGCAAAGAAUUGUAAAAGUUGGUAGUUGAUGAACCAGUAAAACUUAUUCUCCACCAAACAACUCUUCAUGUAUCGAACACUUUUUUUUAUUGUGCAAUAAAGAUGAUAUGAAUUGAAUUGAGGGAGACGGGGGAGGGAGAGAGAGAAAGAAAGAGCUGUGGGGAGAGAACGAGGGGUGAGCGAGAGAGAGGGAGAGGGGGAAGAUAGAGUGAUAGAGAAAGGGAGAAAGGAGGGAUGAGAGAGAAGGAGAGAGAGAGAGAGAGAGUAUAUAUACCUACCCUGUAGUAUACUGCAAUUUCUCCUCAUAAUAAGUUACUGCAUUGCUGAACACUAAAAUGCACAUACCCCCUGCAUAAGAACUGUAUCUGUCUAUAAUGUAGUCUUUUAUAUCCAACCUUUCAUAGCUCAGUGUGUUAUAUAGUGCAUCAGUAAUAUGGAGAUGGGUAAAGACUGCUCUACCUUCCAGUCCGGGGAAAGAGUUUGAUUCACUCCCUCACAGUGUCCUCAUGCUUUCCACUGUGUUGUGCUGAUCAUAAUUGAUUUUCCACUGUGCUUCUGCUAGUGAUAAUCAAUAUUUAAUUUAGUUUUUUUACCUUGGUGUAGCACUUUGUUAUUUUUCAUUUGUUAAAUUGUAAAACUGCUUUGCCAAUUCCCAUUUGUAUAUUCUAUUCCAUUAAAGCUCUUUCGAUUUA